AUGGGUAUAAAAGUGAUCCUCCAAGCCAUGGCCUUUUGCUUAGCUUUUACCAUGUUCGCAGCUCAUCAUCAAGCCUGGGGCGAGCAAGACUGUUACCGAGCGAAGACCAUACUUCUCCUCAACUGCAGGGAAACCAUCGCCCCCGGUCCGGGCUAUGUAGAGCCGCACCCCAAGUGUCGUGACACCAUGAGACAUCGGGAAGCUGACAUGGUCUGCAUCUGCAGCAUCAUCAACGAUGCGGACGAGCAAAAGAUAAGCGUUGAAAAGCUUGUUCGCCUUGCACGCGAGUGCGGCAAGCCGCUUCCGAGUCAUACCAAAUGUGGAACUUACACCGUCCCUGCAUAG